AUGGAUUACAAUGGGGAAGCCAGGCCGGGGGACUUCCAUGCCGGCUAUCAAGAAAUCGAAGGGAUAAACUUGGGAUACUUACAGAUCAAUGGCACCCAGAUGUUUGCUUUGGCCCAGGUCCUCAGCGACCUGUUUAAGGAUAUCCCCAGGACCACCAUCAGCAAGAAGAUGGAAACCUUAAAGAUCAAGAGCCGACGCUGCGAUCUCAAAGAGCUCCGGACCCUCAAAGCCAUCAACUCCGUGCCCACCCGCGCGGUGAAAUGCUCGCUCAUCUCCAAGGCGGACCUGGAGGCUCUCUGCACCUCCUAUCCCGAGAGGACGAGCACCCACAUGAUCUCGGCGGACGAUGCCGAGUACCCACGGGAAUACCGGACCUUGGGCAACGGCACCCGGCGUUUCUCCAACGUAGGGCUGGUGCACACCUCGGAGCGCCGGCACACCGUCAUCGCCGCCCAGAGCCUGGAGGCCCUCACCGGCCUCCAGAAAUCGGAGAUGGAACGCAAGCGGGACGCCUUCAUGGACCACCUGAAGAACAAGUACCCGCAGCACGCGCUGGCGCUCCGGGGGCAGCAGGAACGCAUGCGGGACCAGCAACCCAACUACUGGAGCUUUAAGACGAGGAGCUCCCGGCACUCCCAGGGCUCCCAGCCCGGCUUGGCUGAUCAAGCCAAACUUUCCUUCGCCUCGGCCGAAUCCCUGGAAACCAUGUCGGAAGCGGAGCUGCCCCUGGGGUUCAACAGGAUGAACCGGUUCCGGCAGAGCUUGCCCUUGUCCCGGUCCACCAGCCAGACGAAGCUGCGAUCGCCAGGGGUCCUUUUCCUGCAGUUUGGGGAUGAGACGAGGCGCGUCCACAUCACCCACGAGAUCAGCAGCAUGGACACCCUGCAUGCCCUCAUUGUCCACAUGUUCCCCCAGAAGCUCACCAUGGGGAUGCUGAAGUCUCCCAAUACUGCCAUCCUCAUCAAAGACGAGUCGCGCAAUGUCUUCUACGAGCUGGAGGAUGUCCGCGACAUCCAGGACAGAAGUAUCAUUAAAAUCUACCGGAAAGAGCCGCUCUAUGCUUCGUUCCCAGCCUCACACAUCACCAACGGUGACCUGAGGAGGGAGAUGGUGUACACCUCCAGAGAGUCAUCUCCCACCCGCCGGCUGAACAACAUGUCCCCGGCUUCCCACCUCACCUCCGGCUCCCCUCCGCCGGUGCUCCAGUCCUCCUCCCCGUCCCGCUCCCGCAUGUCCUACAGCGGGGGCCGCCCGCCCUCCUACGCCGGCAGCCCCGUCCAUCACAGCGAGCGUCUCUCCAACCUGCCGCCUGCCCAGGGCGUCUCGCCCAGCCCCAGCGCCAUCCUGGAGCGCCGGGACGUGAAGCCUGACGAGGACCUGGCCGGGAAGAACGUGGUGCUGGUGAAGAAUGAGGGGCUGUAUGCCGAUCCCUAUGGCAUGGUGCACGAGGGCCGGCUCAGCAUCACCUCCACCCAGUCCCUGGCCGGCAUGGGAGACCCUUUCGGCUACUCGGGGGGGCUGGACAAACGGGGGCCCCGUCCGGAGCGGAUGGAGGCGAUGGAGAAGCAGAUCGCCAGCCUGACGGGACUGGUGCAGAGCGCGUUGCUCCGCGGCUCCGAGGCCGAGACCCCCAGCGAGAAGACAGAAGCCACCAAUGGUGGGACCCCCCCAUCCCUGCAAAACCAGGAGACGGUGAAGACGAUGCUGCGGCGGACGGAGACGGAGAUCAGUGUGCGGGUGACGGACACCAUGCGCAAGCACGAGGACCCCCUGCAGCGCCAGCGCAGCUUGGUGGAAGAGGAGCGGCUCCGCUACCUCAACGAGGAGGAGCUGAUCACCCAGCAGCUCAAUGACCUGGAGAAGUCAGUGGAGAAGAUCCAGAAGGAUUUGGCCCACAACCACCGGCUCAUCCCUGUGCAGGAGCUGGAGGAGAAGGCGGUGGUGCUCAAGCAGCUGGGGGAGACGCUGACAGACCUCAAGGCCCAGUUCCCCAGCCUGCAGAGCAAGAUGCGGGUGGUGCUGCGGGUGGAGGUGGAAGCCGUCAAAUUCCUCAAGGAGGAGCCGAACCGCCUCGAUGGUCUGCUCAAGCGCUGCAAGACGGUAACGGACACCCUCGCCCAGAUCCGCAGGCAAGUGGACGAGGGCGUGUGGACCUCCCCCAGCAACCUCAGCCAGUCCCCCAAGAAGGUGGCCCCUGAGACAGACUUCGGCAAAGGGCUGGAUUUGGAGAUGCCCCCCAGCCCCCCAGUGAGCCUCCACCACCUGACGGCUGUCACCGAGACCCUGGGCAUGCCCAGCUUCGGGCACAGCCCCCCCCAAACCCAGACCCACCCCUCCAAGGGCACUAACCCUUCCCGAGCUCCGGAGAUGGUACCUGCCAAGACCCAGACGGGCCCAGAGACCCCCAGCAAGAAGAGUGCGGACAAAGCCGUAUCUGUGGAGGCUGCCGAGCGGGACUGGGAGGAGAAGCGGGCAGCGCUGACCCAGUACAGUGCCAGGGACAUCACCCGCCUCCGGGGGGAGACGCAAGCCGAGCUGAUGAAGGCCAUCCCCGACCUGGAGUUCGCUGCCAAGCACAAGCAGGCACAGCAUCGUUUGUGCCCAGACGAACUGACGGUGCCGCGGUAUCGGACCGAGAAACCCUCCAAAUCGCCGCCACCUCCUCCUCCGCGCCGGAGUUUCCCCUCGUCCCACGGGCUGACCACAACCCGCAGCGGCGAAGUCAUCAUCACCAGCAAGAAGGAGCCCGGUUUUAUGAAGAAGGCCGAGUCGGAGGAGCUGGAGACCCAGAAGCCCCAGGUGAAGCUGAGACGGACGGUGUCGGAGGUGGUCAGGCCGGCGUCCACCCCUCCUAUCAUCGCCUCUGCCAUCAAAGACGACGACGAGGAGGACCGCAUCAUUGCGGAGCUGGAG